CGUACGGUAAACAUGGCAGACAAACACAUCAGAUGCUGAAGAGGCUAAGUUGCAAAAUUCUAGCCCUUCUGGUGGCAUCUAUUUACACGAUCUUUACCAUUUAUGCACUCCAGGUGCUUCUAGUAAACGAGAAUCAGAAAAUACAUCCAAAAGGACUUGUAGUCACAUCUAAGUCGCCCACGAAAUUCUACCGUGCUCCUGUAAAGGCUUCUCAAUAUCGACAAACGAAUUUGGUCGAGGUUGAAAUCUGGGGUAAAGCUGCGAUCGGGCUGUACUUAUGGGAGCAUAUUCUUGAGGGACCCUUAGAGGAAAGACUUGGUGGAGCAUGGCGCUACGGCGAAAAGCAAAUUCAGAAUAUCAAGUUCAUAUUUCGCACUGGACCAUGGGUCGUACCAGAUAAGGUUCCAAAACAAACCAAGAAUCUUGUGCUCGUUAUCAACGGACGAGAGCCCAAAAAAGUGGAUUUUGCAAAGGCAUGGCUUGAAUCUCUUCAAGGUUUUCCGAAUCUUCGAAACGUGGCGGUUGUUCUUUUGGGAAACGAACGUUGUGAUAAUGACUGGUUGUUUUCCUAUAUGAAAAAUAACGAAGGUCUUGUAACAUUUGCCUUCAUUGUUUAUGAUAUCACUUACGCGGAUUCUGAAAUCUACUUCCAGUGGCCUCUGGGAGUGGCCACAUACAGGAACUUUCCAAACGUACCAAUACUUUCCAUUGAUGUCCAGAAACCUCGUAAAUUUAAGUGUAAUUUUUUAGGGACUGUUUACUCCAACUCUUCUCGAGUAGAACUACAGAUGGUUAUAAAAAAUUUUAACCUAGAGGAUGUGUGUUUUAUUAAGACUAGAGGCACUUGGUCACCGGGUGAAAGUUCCAAAUCAGCAAAUGAUUAUCACUAUGCUCUAGCCAACAGUGAUUUGACCCUUAAUCCAGUGGGAAUGAAUACAGAAUGUUAUCGCAUAUAUGAAGCUUGCUCCUAUGGAUCAGUUCCUGUCAUUGAAGAUGUGGUCACACCUGGAAAUUGUAGGAAAGGGGAAAAAUCCCCAUUGCAUCUGUUAAAGGCAUCUAAGGCCCCCUUCAUUUAUGUAAAAGACUGGAAUGAUUUACCGAUGAUCAUUGAAAAUGAGAAGCAUUUAACCCAUGGUGAAGUUGUUGAAAGGCGAAAAAAAGUGUUAUUGUGGUACAAAACUUUUAAGGAAAGCAUGAGGGACAACUUUGUGGAGACUUUACAACAACACUUUGCUGCAUAAAGUGUUCAAUUAUUUUUAUAGUCUGUGUAUAUAUUUCUGUUUUUCUUUUUUUUUCAUUUAACCCUUUCACUGCCAAGAUCUUAUAACUGAUUCUCUUUACUAUCUGAAUAAAGGCUGAUAGUUUCGAAAGAAACUGUUUGGGGCUGC